GUCUUUCGGUAGCGAAGAACGAAGAAGCAAAAUGUCGGGCAAUAAAAGUCGCGAAAGACAGAUUUCCAGCUCACCAAACAUGCCAAAUGUUUCAGACAUGAGACCAAAACCUCGCGAACCUAUACACAAGACGCGUCGGCUUUCGGUCGAACACGUUGAAAACUUGUACCAAGUUUCUACGACGGAGGAAUCCUACACAGAAACGAGCACAAACCAAACUUUGUUGGACCUGCUAGACGAACAUGCUUUGCUCCGGGAGAAUGCGGACCUCACGGAGGACGAUGACGGCGAUGAAAUGGAACGAAGUGAACGAGAGCCGUCACUGGAACCGCCCUUGAGCAUGAGACAGCAUGAGCCGCUGCCUGUAAACGUUUCAAGGAAGAGCUCAGUUCAGUACGAAAACACUACGCCGAGGCAUACGGUUCCACCACGAUUGAACUCGCAGAACACUGAGGGCAUUGGCAAUUUUGUGGUGAUAGUAAUUUUUUCAGCCAUUUCCUUGCUGGUGGCAUCCUAUUUGCUUAGUAGCCCGAGCCCAAAACCCAAAGUGCCAGUGUGUGUCCGUUUCGACACAUUAGAAUCCAGCUUCGCAACGGUUGACGAUACGUUGUGGGAUGCACUAAAUGUAAGCUUGCAACGUGCCACUGGAGAAAGACGGCGGCGGGAGCCCGGCACUUUCCUAUUCCUGCACCACGGAGCUACCAGCACGAUGAAUGGAUUUAUGGAAAAUAUCACGAAAAUAACUACCGGGUGCUUCGGUGGCACGGAACCGAUCCUGUUGGACAGUCAGUAUUUCAAACGUUCCGACAUCGAAGAAGACUUUGGUGUGUUUAUAGCUCAGCAAACGUUGCCAUUAAAACAACGUGGAGUGAUGGUCGUGCGAAACCUUGAGGAUAUCCCACCGAAAGCAGCACAAGCCUUCCACAGCUUUUGUGAUCCUGAAGAGCCACAGGUGGACAGGGCGGUGAUUUACUUCACGAUGGACACAUCGAAAGUGGAAACUGACCCGGACAAGAGGGAAGCGAUGAGUGCAUUGGCAAAUGCCGAACAUUUGUUGCAUCGGUUGUGGGAGAAGGAGCUUCGGCCAGAGGUGCUUGAUCCGCUGAUAGUGCGCCUCACAGAAAAUGUAUAUCGUAUCGUUUAAAUGUGCGUAUACUUAUUUUUUACAUUUUGUUCGAUAAAUUAUUAGUC